AUGCCAAACUACUAUGGUCCUAACCAUGCCUCCCUGCCUGCUAUUCCCUCGCCCUACAGCCCACCCAACUAUCGCCCAGCCAAUCAUGACUACUCCACUCAAAUGACCCCUUCUUAUGUUCAACCAAACCCUCCCCAACCCAACUAUCGCCCAGCCAAUCCUGACUACUCCGCUCAAAUGACCCCUCGUUAUGUCGAACCAAACCCUCCUCAACCCAACAAUCUUACAUUCAACUAUGGAGCCAGAAAUGGCAAUCAUAGUAGCAACAAACCUCGGGACAAAAUUUGCUACACUGCAUUUCGCCUCUGCGGAAGCUACCAACGCUUCGAACUUGAACCUUCCGAGCACUCUUCGCGCCUUAAGAACACCCUUAAGAAAUGGCGUUGUCAGGACUGCAAAGCUUGUCAAAAUUGUUACGCGGCUAGACACCAAUUAGGUCUAAUCAUUUCUGCACCAAACAGGGAACGAUUUCAAGAGUUUCUCAAUAAUGAGUUAAUAGAACUGUGGGCAGGAAAGAAUAGGCUGUUCGUAGAUGGAUUUGUCGACAGUGACGAUACACCUCCCUCUUUUAACCCAACGCAGAUUAUGGAUGUCAUUUUGGAAGCUCCGAACAACUUCAAGGAGGAAAGAAAAAUAGAGAAGUCGAGAAAAAACAGGCGCAGGCAACAGAGAGAACAGCAAAGACAACGAGAAAGUACAGCAGAAGUGGCAUCGGAAUUGCCUUUGCGAAUCCGCUCCUCGCAGAUGGCACGCACACAUAGUUUUUCGCCUGACAAUGAGCAAGAUCAUCACCCAUUGAUGGUACGCUCAUAUUUGCAGCCUUUGGACUAG